AUGAGGAGACGGGACUGCUUCCUUAAAACAGGUUGGGCAGCUGCUUUAAAUAGGGGAUUGACAAACGAUCGUGCUAAGGAGAUCUUGGCACGUGAUGGACUCAAUGCUUUGACUCCACCUCCAACAACCCCAGAAUGGGUCAAGUUCUGCAAGCAGCUCUUUGGAGGAUUCUCAACUCUCCUGUGGAUUGGUGCCAUUCUAUGUUUUCUUGCCUACGGCAUCCAGGCAGUCUACGAGGAGGAACCUGCCAAUGAUAACUUGUAUCUGGGUAUUGUACUCUCUGCUGUCGUGAUGAUCACUGGCUGUUUCUCAUACUAUCAAGAGGCCAAGAGCUCCAAGAUCAUGGACUCUUUCAAGAACCUUGUCCCUCAGCAAGCCUUGGUUAUCCGUGAUGGUGAGAAGAAGAAUAUCAAUGCUGAAGAAGUUGUGGUUGGAGAUCUUGUGGAAGUCAAAGGUGGUGACAGAAUUCCCGCUGAUCUGCGUAUCAUUUCUGCUCAUGGAUGUAAGGUGGACAACUCCUCCCUCACUGGAGAAUCUGAGCCCCAGACUCGCACUCCUGAUUUCUCCAAUGAAAACCCACUGGAAACCAGGAACAUUGCAUUCUUCUCUACCAACUGUGUUGAAGGCACUGCCAGAGGUAUCGUCAUCAACACUGGUGACCGUACUGUCAUGGGUCGUAUCGCGACUCUUGCUUCUGGUCUUGAAGUUGGUCGAACUCCCAUCUCUAUUGAGAUUGAGCACUUUAUACACAUCAUCACUGGUGUGGCUGUCUUCCUGGGUGUGUCUUUCUUCAUUCUCUCCCUGAUCCUUGGUUACUCUUGGUUGGAAGCUGUCAUCUUCCUUAUUGGUAUCAUUGUCGCUAAUGUGCCAGAGGGUCUCCUGGCUACUGUUACUGUGUGUUUGACUCUGACUGCCAAACGUAUGGCAAAGAAAAACUGCCUGGUGAAGAAUCUUGAAGCCGUGGAGACUCUUGGCUCAACCUCCACAAUCUGCUCUGACAAGACCGGAACUUUGACCCAGAACCGAAUGACCGUUGCUCACAUGUGGUUUGACAACCAGAUUCAUGAAGCAGACACCACAGAGAAUCAGAGUGGAACCUCAUUCGACAGGAGCUCUGCUACUUGGGCCGCCCUCGCACGUGUUGCCGGUCUCUGCAACCGUGCUGUCUUCCUUGCAGAGCAAGAAAACUUCCCAAUUCUUAAGAGAGACGUGGCUGGUGACGCCUCCGAAUCUGCCCUGCUGAAGUGUAUAGAGCUCUGCUGUGGGUCUGUUAAAGAGAUGAGAGAAAAAUACAACAAGAUUGCAGAGAUCCCAUUCAACUCCACUAACAAAUACCAGCUCUCCAUCCAUGAGAACCCCAAUAGCAAUAAAACUGAAACCACACACCUGCUAGUAAUGAAAGGUGCUCCUGAGAGGAUCCUGGACAGGUGCAGCUCUAUUUUAAUCCAAGGAAAAGAGCAGCCGCUUGAUGAUGAGAUGAAGGACGCCUUCCAAAAUGCCUACUUGGAACUUGGUGGCCUUGGAGAAAGAGUGCUGGGCUUCUGCCACUUCAACCUUCCUGAUGAACAGUUUCCUGAGGACUUCCAGUUCGAUACAGAAGAGGUGAACUUCCCCACAGAGAACUUGUGCUUCAUUGGCCUUAUGUCCAUGAUUGAUCCUCCUCGUGCUGCUGUACCAGAUGCUGUGGGAAAAUGUAGGAGCGCUGGAAUCAAGGUUAUUAUGGUUACUGGUGAUCAUCCAAUUACAGCCAAGGCCAUUGCCAAGGGAGUGGGUAUCAUCUCUGAGGGCAACGAGACUGUUGAAGAUAUUGCUGCUCGCUUGAACAUUCCUAUUAAUGAGGUCAACCCAAGGGAUGCCAAGGCUUGUGUGAUCCAUGGUGGUGACCUGAAGGAUCUAACCCCAGAGCAAUUAGAUGAUGUCUUGAAACACCACACAGAAAUUGUGUUUGCCAGAACGUCUCCUCAGCAGAAACUGAUUAUCGUUGAAGGCUGCCAAAGACAGGGUGCCAUUGUAGCUGUAACCGGUGAUGGUGUCAAUGAUUCUCCUGCUUUGAAGAAGGCUGAUAUUGGUGUGGCUAUGGGUAUUGCUGGAUCUGAUGUAUCCAAACAGGCUGCUGACAUGAUCCUUCUGGAUGACAACUUUGCCUCAAUUGUCACUGGAGUAGAAGAAGGCCGUCUGAUUUUUGACAACUUGAAGAAGUCCAUUGCCUACACCCUGACCAGUAACAUCCCUGAGAUCACCCCCUUCCUCCUCUUCAUCAUUGCCAACAUCCCUCUUCCUUUGGGUACCGUCACCAUUCUUUGCAUUGACCUGGGUACUGACAUGGUUCCUGCCAUUUCAUUGGCCUAUGAAGCUGCAGAGAGUGACAUCAUGAAGCGUCAACCCAGAAACCCCAAAACAGACAAACUUGUGAACGAGAGACUCAUUAGCAUAGCCUACGGUCAGAUCGGUAUGAUUCAAGCUCUGGCCGGGUUCUUCACGUAUUUUGUCAUCUUGGCUGAAAAUGGUUUCCUGCCAUCGUCAUUGCUGGGCAUUCGAGUGUUUUGGGAUGACAAAUAUGUCAACGACCUGGAAGACAGUUAUGGCCAGCAAUGGACAUAUGAGCAGAGGAAGAUUGUGGAGUUCACAUGCCACACAGCCUUCUUCGCCAGUAUUGUAGUUGUGCAGUGGGCCGAUCUGAUCAUCUGCAAGACGAGAAGAAACUCUGUCUUCCAGCAGGGAAUGAAGAAUAAGAUUCUCAUAUUUGGACUGUUUGAAGAAACGGCUCUUGCAGCUUUCCUGUCUUACUGCCCAGGCAUGGAUGUUGCCCUCAGAAUGUACCCACUGAAACCAAGCUGGUGGUUCUGCGCCUUCCCCUACUCACUCCUCAUCUUUAUUUAUGAUGAAAUCCGAAAACUUAUCAUCCGACGCAGCCCAGGAGGUUGGGUGGAGAGGGAGACCUACUAUUAAAGCGUCCAGUCUGCAAGUUUAUUUGCAUGGUUGUCUCGCUGCUCUGAUUUUUAACCUCAGUAAUUUGGAUGUUUUUAUGUAGGGAAUGCUUGAUACAAACACUGAGAUCAUGAACCAAGACAUUGUGUGGCUUGUUUUUGAAGCCGGACCAAUUUUAUACAUGUUUUUAAAAGUGUAAUAUAAAAAUAAACUUGCAGUCAGGUCCCACAUUUGUGUCAUUUCCUUGUUUUUAAUUUAUUCAUAAGUUUGUUCAUUUUCAUUUGGAAAGUUCUCUGAGCUUGAGUGCAUGCUCAAAAUCCCCCUUUUUUGUCUGGUGCUUUACCUUUGUAAACCUUAUAAAAAUGUACCAUGGUAAUCAUAGUUUGCACCAACAUAUCUUUGUUGCUCCUUUUGUUGUUACUGCUAUAACAACGCAUAAAAAAAAAGUAAGGAAUGUCAUGGAAAGCAAUGUAAGAUGUUUCCAGAAUAAUCAGUAAGCCAUAGUAACUAUGAUGUUUGCUGAAAAACUGGUUACCAUGGUAAAUUAUAAUUUUUUAUUACUUUAAGGGAAACUGCAUAAAUCUGUGCAUGAGUGUUAAAAACGGCAGGAAAGAAAAGAAACUCUUGCCAACCUCCUGUCCAUUUCAACUGCCUCAGCUACUGAAAAAUAACAUAAAAAUGCAUCAUUUUACAGUGCAAUAUCCUCAAUGAGUGUGGGUGCGUUUUAAGUGGGUUUGGGAAGUGUGAUUCAGAUCUCAUGCCUGGAGGAGACCGGAGAUCCACUUCUCUCCACCCACGCUACAGAGAUCUGGCACAAAAACACGUCCAAAAUGUUUCAGUCAAAGUAUCGUGAGUCAGAAUCACCAUGGUGGGCAGGUAAAGGGAUCAUGUCUGUAGAGAUCAACUUAGUUCAGUAUUUUUAGCUAUUUUUAUUAAUGACUGAUAACUAAAACCAAAAACUCAGAUAAACGAUUUGAAGAAGCAGUGUUUGCAUUUGAGGCUAUAUCUAAAUAGUGCACUACAAUAAAAACAAUAUGCAUUGUAAAUAUCACAAUUAUAUUUUAGCAAUUUAAAUAUUCAUGUAUUCAAUGCAGGCCAAGUCUAACUGUUAGUCCUGCAUGUAUUAAGUAGAGUAAUUUAUAAAAGUAAUUCUUUAAACUAUUACUGACUGCACUGUUUUGUGACAAAUACACAGUGUUGCAAAGGUGUCGUUGAGUGUUAUUCUUUAGAGGUGCACGAAAUUGUUGUUUAUUGACCUACUAUUAAAGCGGAUAAGUAAAUAUUGGUCUAACCAAUUAUUGGUCUAUGUCUUAUUUAAUUUGUUGAGCACAAGUAGUCUUAAACACUUCUAACCUGAAUAAUUUGGAGCAAGGACCAUGAGUCUUCCAUAUCUUGCAUUAUCUUCACUUGUUCCCUCUCUGCUUUUGAGGCGGUGAGCUUUAUCUUUGGAUGAUGCUCCCUGAGGUGCGAUCUGUUUCCCAGGGAAGUUUGGCUGGGGGCCAUACUGGGAGAAUGCGGUCGGGUGGGGUUGAGGCCGAAGAGGUAUUGUGUAGUUUAAGCCUGGAUGAGCCUGAAUCUAUUUCGGGUUUUUUCUGUUGAUUUAUCAUACUCUGCUAGUAACAGCUAUUUUCUAUCUUUCAAACGAGGCUGUUGAAACGGCAUUUCCCUUUCAUCUGUUUUAUUUGGGUUCAUAGGAUGCCGGUUGAUAGUUUAAUUACCCGUAAUUAACUCACAGUUCAUUCCAUUACGUUUUUCAUGAAAUUAUGCAAGCUGUGUCAUUAAACUCUGUGGUAUGCGUUCUCUGUGUUUUGAAGUAUCCGUUACACCCGUUUAGAAUAGAUCAGGUUGUGCUUUUUCCUCAGACGCAAGGUUAUAACAAUCGUUGGACCUUUUUCCAUUCAACUUUUCCACCGAUUACAUAAUGUACAAAGUCUGAGUUGAGGCACAAGGACAGUUUUUAAACUACGGCGUUCCCUCUGAUUCAAGUCAAUUUGCUCAUCAACCUCCAAAAAGGUGAAUCGCAUGACAAAUCUGGGUCUUUUAGUCCAAAUUCAAAAUAAAUUAUAUUUUGUUUGAAGAAAGUCCUAAUUUUAGGACAGAUAAUAGGAUUUGCAUUUUGCAAUAUAUUAAUGAGAAUCAAAUUUAAACCUCCUUCCUCAUUCUCAUGACUAUACUGGCAAAUAAAUAAAAAUAAAAUCCAUUUUGAUUAAUAAGAUUUGCAAUGUGCAUUAUUUACAUGGCAAACAUUUACUGUAAUCUCAUUCUCAAUAUAUUGCGACAAAAAUAUUAGAAAAGUACAACUGUAUGCAUUUGCAUCCACAUAAUGGAAGAAUUUGUGUAUGCUAGUUUAAUAAAAUAAAAUCAACUUUAAUA